AUGUGGUUUCAUCACAUCAGCUACCGACCCGAUGACAGAGAGAAGGAGCAGGUGCUCUACGACAAGCAGCAGGCACAGCUUCGUCCGUUCUUGAAGUGGUUCUCGUCCUUCUUCAACAUGGAGCUCAUGCUUCACUUCAGCGUGAUUCCCGAAGCGCAGCCGGAGGAGACCAUCAACGGUCUGCGCCUCCUCCUUCACAACACAACCGAUUGGGAGCUGGGCUGCUUGGACACCUUGGUGAGCCGAACCAAGUCACUCGUCCUCGGCCUCGCGCUCUGGAAAGGCCCGUUCUCUGUCGACCAGUGCAUCGCGGCCAGCAGGAUCGAGGAGGACCACAACAUCGCCGAGUGGGGCGAGUGUGAGGGCGCGCACGACCUGGACAAGGUCGACAUCUACAAGCACGUCGCCGCCGCCACUGCCUUCCUCCGCUCGCUCCCGCCAGAGCAGUCGAGCCUCAAGCAGUGGUAA